UCUCUCUCUCUCUAUAAAUUCUGUUUCCAGUGAAGACAGUGUGCCUGAUCUAGAGAGACACACUGAGGGAGGUUUACUUCAGCCGGCGAGACACACUGAGGGAGGUUUACUUCUGCCGGCUUGCUCUGUUUCUCUCUUUCGGUCACACUCUAUCUACCUGCUGACUACUGAAGGCACUCACAGACCAAAGACAACCUGGACGGAGUCAAGAGACUACCACAGGCUAACAGCCACUUUUUUAUUAAUUGUGUUAAUUUAAUAAUUUAUUUAUUAAAAUGUUCUGUUUACCAUGAAACUACCUUCCUGCUGUUGCUAAGGAAAUUAAAAUAAAAUUAAAGAGGAAAGGACCAGACACUCUUUGGUUGCUAAGCCGUGUCAAGUACAGAUAUGGCCCAGGGACCAAAGGACCAAGGAGGUGUGGGGACUGCAGAUCCCGAUGAUGACUCUCCAAACAUGAUUGUCUACAGAAAGAUCGAGGAUAUCAUUUACCGGAUACAGGAUGACAAAACUGGAGGUGUGCCCAUCCGGACGGUAAAGAGCUUCUUGUCCAAGAUCCCCAGCGUAGUGACAGGUGCUGACAUUGUGCAGUGGCUGAUGAAGAACCUAAUCAUUGAAGAUCCAGGUGAAGCAAUCCACUUAGGAAGUCUGGUUGCUGCACAUGGCUACCUUUUCCCAAUAUCAGACCAUGUCCUGACACUGAAGGAUGAUGGGACUUUCUACCGCUUCCAAGCUCCUUAUUUCUGGCCAUCAAACUGCUGGGAGCCAGAGAACACAGAUUACGCCAUCUACCUCUGCAAGAGGACAAUGCAGAACAAAGCCAGACUGGAGCUAGCUGACUAUGAAGCAGAAAAUCUAGCCAGAUUACAAAGGGCCUUCGCAAGAAAAUGGGAGUUCAUCUUUAUGCAGGCUGAGGCCCAGGUCAAGGUCGACAGGAAAAAGGACAAAACUGAGAGGAAGAUUUUGGACAGCCAGGAACGAGCGUUCUGGGAUGUGCACCGGCCUGUUCCAGGCUGUGUGAACACCACCGAGAUGGACAUACGGAAGUGCCGCAGGAUGAAGAACCCACAGAAGGUGAAGAAGUCAGUGUACGGAGUCACAGAGGACUCCCAGGCACAGAGUCCAGUGCACACGCCAGUCCAGCCCCAGAGGAAAACUACAAAAGAGGACGUCCAAAAACAGAUCACCUUUCUAAAUACACAGCUGGACAGGCACUGUAUGAAAAUGUCCAAAGUAGCUGAAAGUUUGAUGACGUACACAGAGCAGUUCCUGGACUUCGAUCCCUUUUUGACGAUGCCUGACCCAUCUAACCCAUGGAUCAGCGAUGACACCACAUUCUGGGAGCUGGAGGCCAGCAAGGAACCUGGCCAGCAGAGGGUGAAGAGGUGGGGCUUCUCAUUGGACGAGACGCUCAUGGAUCCUGUGGGGCGGGACCAGUUCCUCAAGUUCGUGGAGUCAGAAUUCAGCUCUGAGAACCUCAGGUUCUGGCUGGCAGUGCAGGAUUUGAAGCGCCGCCCCCUACAGGCCGUCUCAGCUCGGGUUCAAGAGAUCUGGCAAGAGUUCCUGGCCCCCGGGGCCCCCAGCGCCAUUAACCUGGACUCCCACAGCUACGAGCGGACCAGCCAGAACAUGAAGGACCCAGGGAGAUACAGCUUUGAGGACGCCCAGGAACACAUCUACAAGCUGAUGAAAAGUGACAGCUAUGCACGCUUCCUCCGCUCCAGCACCUACCAGGACCUGCUGCUGGCCAAAAAGAAGCUUGAGAACGAGCAGGGACGCCGAACUUCCCUAGAGAAAUUCACUCGUAGUGUGGGAAAGUCAUUGACAGGCAAGCGCUUGACAGGCAUGAUGCAGUCCUCCUGAUAGAGCGAAGAGCCAAUCAAUAGAAGAGAGCAGCCUCCAGUCACAGCCCAGCAGGGGUGGGGCAUCCAGGGAGGGGCUGGAGGGGGGGUAGUGAAACCCAGAGCCAGUUUACAGUCUCCCCUCCCCCUGCCCCUCCUCCCUCUGUACAGAGAGAGCAGCGCAGCACCAUGCUACUCCACUAGGGGGCUCACCAUGACACUGAUGUCAAAGUGUAGAUAAAUGAGAUUCCUCUGGGGGUCAUUUAUUUGUUUUUCAUUUGUUGGGUUUUCAUUUGAAUCCUUGUUGAUCUAAGAGAAUUGAAAACUUUUCAUAGUUGUUAGAGUUUUAGGGUUAACUUCUACUAGUGUUAUCACACACACAUCACUCCUUUCUGGCAAGUAGAAUUAAACACAGUUUGUAUACCAUGGCUUAUUUUCUUAGCCCUGAUUAAUAGGCAUUUUUCGAUAAUUUUUCUGCUUAAGUUUUCCAAGGUUUAUGUUCACUUUGACGCCUCCAUAUUCGAACUUCACCUACUGCACAGAAGGUUCUGUAUUUAUAGUGGGUUGUCGGUGUGUAUAAUGCUAAACGCGAAGAAAGUUUUGUUAUUUUUAGGGCACAAGUUGAAACUUGGAAAGAACACUUUCUUUUUUAUAUGUUAUUAAAUACUAAAUCAUUUUUGAAAAUACUGGACUUAGGCUUCUUAGAAUUGUCUUCAGCAGCUAGGCUUUGGCUAUGAACCAACCUGAACUUAAACUUAACCCAUUCAUUGCCAUUAUCCACAUUUGAGGACAGGCUGCUUUGUAAUUUUUGGAGUGUUAACUAGCAUCUACCCAUUGCCAGUAUUUAAUUUUUCUCUUUAACUACAUUGUAAUGAUAACUAAUUGUAUUAACUGCAAAAGUUAACUCUUAAUGUAACUGUUAAUUCUGCAAAAAUAGCCUAAAACUGAAAAUGAUUGGUUACUUAAUGGGUUAAAAAGAAGUCUCAAAUGAUGCGAUGAAAAACAAACAAGAACUGGAAACUGAAAAUGAAUGACAUGUGGGAAAGAGAAUAACACAUUUUGAAACUCUUUCCAUUCGCCCUCAAUCAUCUCAUCAUCUCUACACUGAGUGUUUAAUAAAAGAGGAGCGUUUAGUACAUGACUGUGAGGCUGUCGCAAAGAAGGGCUUAAAAACCUGACUUGUCAGUGCAGUGCAAAACUAUUCAGUUAAAGAUGAGAGAUACAGCCCUGCUAAUUCUAAUACAUACCUGCCUGCCUCCACAGUACAAUAUCAUGCUUUAGCUCACAACUCACAUUCAUAGAUAGAGAGCAUUUUUUAUUGUAUACUGUAUAUAUUGCAAUUACAGCUAUUGUGUUAGUGGCUGAAAAGCAUGUCAGUCAAUAGAGGAAGCAGCUGGUCAAAGGGGUGGGGCUAAUAAAGCUGCCAGUUUUCGACCUAUAUAGUGAAUAACAGUGCACAACAGAUAACGUGUUAAAGCGAGUUUGUAAAGAUUGUAAAGACCUGGUAGAUUCUAAAGAGCAUCUACCUGUGGGAUGGUAACUGCUCACCUCAGAACCAAGGUUUAUACAGUCAUUUCUUCUUCAGGGCCUUUGUUGUUGACAUGGCUUAUUAACAUGGUUACAAGUGUUCGUUUUCUGUUAGUUAAAAUAGAGUAACCAGCUUAUAAAUAUUCAAAAUAACUUUUAAAAAAAGCCUUAAACAAAUAUUAACCUUCUAACUAACCAGUAACAAGUAGCGAAACAGGUUUGUUAUCAAUCUAGUUAUUAACAGUUAAGAAAAUGACAAAAGUGCUCAAAAUGUACAAGUGACCCUCAACACUGAGCAUUCUCACCAAAGGUCUGCAGUUCCAACUUUUUUUUUUUUUUUUUUUGGUUAGUUUUUCUUUCUAUUCCGUGGCACAGAAUGAUCAGUUUCUUAUCAACAUUGGGGAACGAAAAACUAAACUUAUUGUUAAAGGAAGCCCUUUAAACCCUCUGAGGGGCACUUAAAAAAAAAAAAAAAAAAAAAAAAAAAAAAAAAGGAAAGAGUUUAUUGUCCUACAGUAUGCAUUCUUAAUGAAGGCUAGACCAGAUAAUAAAUUAAUUGGCAGCAGCAUCUCGUGCAUAGCAGUGUAUUGCCAGCAAACAAAAGGAAACUUCAUCCAAAGUCUCUUUGUAUUGUAAAGACACCUGGCUGUGUUUUGCAAUACACAGACUAAUCAAAACGUGAAACAAGAAACACACAAAAUCACAUGGAAUAAGAACCAAUACAAUUGAUCUGAACCAUUGUAAAAGGGUAAGGGGAUAAUGAUAUUUGACGAUAUUUACUCUUAUGACACCUUCUCAUGGCUUUGCUUGGAGAGUUAAAAAGCUUGUUGUACGCUUGAGAAGAAAGCUUGUCUUGACUACUGCAGUGUCAGAUGAAUAGCCUGGCUAUCUAUGUGAAUAAAAAAGUAAUACACAUUUCUUUUUCUGCAUUUGAACUAUAAUAUGCUGUAUAAUGGUAUUAAAACUGGGGGGGGGGGGGCUCUGUCUCAAUAGUAUCUGGUGUACUGUUUUUGGACAACAAAAAUAUAAUACAUGCAGGGUACAAGGUAGGGUGAGUGAUUUUGAUACCACUGUUCUAAAUGUCCUAGCUCUGCUAAUCGGGGAUCUCUGUUUUCACUGUAUUUCAAGUGUAUUGGGAAAAAUACUAGCAAGAUUAAUACAGAGAUGCCACAGAGAUCCACUGUUUUAUUGAUGUCAUAAAUGUUAACCAAAUCCAUCCUUUGUUUGAGAUUGAAAUGUAUGUACUGUACAGUAUUUGAAUAUAGUUCUAAUGGGCAGUCCUUUCUGCCUGCAUGCUCAUUUACAAAGAAGCCCUGUUGGGCUUGCAUGUUUACUAUCUCCAAAGAUGUCGACGUGGAGGAUUGCAGCUCAUUCUUGAGGUCCAACCUCACCUGCUCCAGCAGGGAGCUUGUACAGCCUGGAACUUGGCUUGCCAGCACAUAGCUCGGUAAAAAAUACCUGAACUAGCCCCCUGAUCUACAAAGACUACCACACGCACAACCUUGACUGAAAAAAAGCUUCAAGACUGUGGGAAUUACACAGGACUGCCUGAUGACUCAGCCUGCAACCAGAGUAUCACUUUCAUGUUUUUCACUUCAGUACCUGAACAUCUUCCUGUGGCAGUCAGGAAGUGGUUCCUACCAAAGUUGCUAGGUUACAAAAACAAUCUUCUCUUACUAAAGAGUACAGCAAAGGAAUUUGUCGACGGGGCACAGCAAAAUUUGAAAGGCUACCGGAGGCUGUUGAUUUUAUUCAUUCCAGAGCAUCAACACUGCUAAACAGACAAGAACUAAGGAGAGCUGCUUUGUAUUUUUUUAUCUCUUUUCUAUUGAAAAAAUGCACUGUACAGCUCUCUUUUUAUUAUUAUUAUUUAAUUAUUAUUAUUAUUAUUAUUAUUAUUAUUAUUUAGUUGACUAUAGACUAUGUAAUUAGACAACAAUUACAUAUAUACAGUAGUGUGCACAUGUACUAGUCCACCCCACUGCUUCUGUUGUUUUGAUUUGUUGUGCAUAUGAUAUUAAACUACUUUAACUGAAAAUUGUCAAAAUUGGGAUAUUAGUGGUUGUCUAAUUGAUGACUUUAAUAGGCCGCAUGUGUGAUUGAUUUAAAAUAGUAAGAAAAAAGGGACAUAUUGCCACAAAUGGUAUCAUACGUGAGACGUUUUCUAAGUUGUUUAAGAUGUCUAAUUAAAGCACAGUGUGGUCUAACACUUUCACACGAGUGCCUAUUGUUUCUAUAUUACUGAUUACUGAAUGAAAAUUGAAAUAAAUUCUCACACCCAAAGGUUUUCAUGCAGGUAGGUAUAAAGGACAUAAAUAACAAACUCUGAGGUGUUCUAAUAAAUGGGCACACUACUGUAUAUGUUAGUCAUUGUUAAGAAUUGUUCAAAGCACAAUACUACUAUGGAACACAGAACUACUAUGCAUGUAAUAUAUGUACAAUACCUUUCCCUGACUUAUAGAAGACUAGGUUAGAAUCAUUGUUGGUGGGAUGAGCAAGCCCAUAAUAUGUUGUAGUGACCAAAUAAACUGUUGGGUUCUGACUUGUAUUGAGACUGUACUGCUCCUUGUCUUGACUCCUGAAUUCUGAUAUGUUAUUUAGGGAAGUGGUUUUCAUAACUGUUCCCACGGGGCUCAUGUGUGGCCCCUGGUGACUUGAGAGUGACCCUGUUAAACUGUACACCUGCUAUUCUGUCUGGCUUGCACCCCCCCACAGGUAUGCUUUGACAAAGCCAGCAGGGAAUCUAAAGAGGAACACAUUCAUUUGGACAGCUACGAUAUUUCAAAGUUGCUGUGGGUACAUCUAGUCUGUAUAAAGUGAUUCAGUGAGUUUUGUUAUAGGAUAGACAGGGUGAAAAACUAAGUCAUUGAAAAUGCUUGAGUAAUAAAGGUGAUUAUAGGAUCACCCUGUGGCCCCCAGUCAUUUCUGGGUUUUUCAUGUUUAGCAAACAGUGAUUUACAAUUAGAAAUACUAAAAUAAAGUGCCAUUAAAGACAUUGAGAGAGACUUCUAGUAUAGAUAUUGUGAGAAACAUGGCUAGUGAGUGUUUUAUUGACAACAUGUAGGGAAACAAAGCACCCCUUACAUCUAUCUGAAGCACAAAACACUUGCUCUCCUUAGAAGUGUCAACCAAGGAUUAAAAAUGCAUGUUCUUCCCCCAUAUUAGCAUUAUCACUUGUAUCUUCUAUUGACAGAUAUUUUGUUUCUUUGCUAGUUUUUCAGAUAUGCAGAUUUUUUGGGGGGCAUAUCUACCUGAAUUAGCUCUCCAAUUCAUUUAUUUCUUGUUUUCUUUGCCCUUAUAGGAUUUUUCCAUGCUUGUCAUGUUUUCCAUAGUUUGCCAUGUUUUUGCUUUGCCAUACUUUGCUAUGCUUUACAAUGCUUACCUAUGCUUUAACUGUACUUUAUUGUGCUUUGCUAUGCUUUUACUAUGGUACGCAUGUAUAAGGGUGCUGAGUAUUUCUGACAUCAGUGUUCUUCAGGCUAUUGUUCACACUGUCAUGUUGAAGCUUCUUCAGCUCUUGUAGGAGUCAUUGUUGCUUUUGUGUUCCCAGUGUUUUCUAUAUAUAGUAUUCUUAUGUCACUAAUGCAACCUGCCGAGUCACACUAUUCUACAAAGUAAAUAAAUAGGGGGUGCGAAACUAAACCAUUUUCUCACUGAUGUAUCACUGAUGUUGUUUGGUUUCCAAUUAUUGUUUUCCUUGUAUCCCUGAUACUCAUUUCUUUACUACUUCUAGUUCAAAUCCGGGAGU